CUCAGCUUGAUGUGCGCAUGCUUGCAUAUAUGUGUUGCCACUCUCAGUCAGCAGGACUCAUGCAUGCUGCUUGCUGCUGGUUGUGCAUUAUUUGUUGGGGCGGAUGCAUGAUGCACGCACAGACUUCGCCACCCCGAUUGCGUCGGGCGCACUCACCGGCUCAUGCGGAUGCAGCCAGCUUGGCGAUGGCAGAAUACUCUCGAUUUCUUUCUGCAUUUCACGCCCUCGUCUUCAACAUCCAACAAGCAACACUCGCUGCAGCUGCAGCCAAGUCGUGAGUGCGACACUCAACAGCCUCUUCUUGAGGCUAGCUGCCGUUGAGCGCAUGCAUCCACCACUUGUGACUGCCUGUCCAUCUCGUUACCUCUACUUCCAUCUUCAUCUUGCCAUCGCACUUGCCGCAUUCGACCAACCUCUGCCUCCACAACCCUGUACCGAUGAACAGGGAUGACCUCGUAAUGGGACAGUCAGUCCCUCGUGCGCGUGCUGCGUUCGAAAGUGCACGCAGCGUCCCCCAGACGUUGGC